AUGACUUGGGUCUGGCGCAAUGUCAAAGACUAUGGCGCCGUUGGCGAUGGAGUCACUGACGAUACAGACGCCAUCCAAAAGGCGAUAUCCGAUGGUAAUCGCUGUGGCAAGGGCUGUCCUGAGUCAUCCGUGAGCGGAGCUAUAGUUUAUUUCCCCAGUGGUGUUUAUCGCGUGGACCGUUCAAUUGUGUUGUAUUACAACACGCAACUAGUCGGUGCCGUGAAAGGUAGGGUUGCUACAAUCCAAUCGGCCAGAAACUUCAUUGGGCUUGGUGUCUUCACGACAGAUGUCUACCUUCCCGAUGGUCAUUCUGAAUGGUAUCUCAACACCAGCAAUUUUUACCGCAGUAUUCGGGGCUUGCAAAUCGAUAUCCGGUUGACCCGGCAGAAGGGCAUGGUAGGUAUUCAUUGGCAGGUGGCGCAAGCGACCACGAUCGAAGAAACCGGUAUACUCAUGUCGAAUGCUUCCUCGACUACGCAAAUUGGCAUUUUUGCGGAAAAUGGUAGCGGAGGCUGGAUGGGAGACAUUACGAUUAGUGACGGCGAAUAUGGCAUCCUGGCUGGAAGUCAGCAGUAUUCGGCGUCCCGAAUCAGUAUCAUCGGCUCUCAAAAAUGCAUCGGCCUAAUAUGGAACUGGGUUUGGUCGUGGUCACAUCUCCGCCUAGAAGAUUGCAAAAUCGCCAUUGACCUCACUGCGGCCGGUUCUGAUUCGAAAUCCCCCGUCGGUUCGCUCUCCGUUGUUGACUCGGCCAUUAUACACUGUGAUACAGCCAUCAAGACAUAUCCUUUUACCUUGACACAGUCAAAGGAACAAGGUUCGACGAUUAUUACACUAAGCCAUUCCCAGAUUUACAAGUCGACUUCAUUCAUAGGAUUUCCGGACGGCGCUUCCAUCUCAAAGAAUGUUGAUGACUGGAAAAUUGACUACUGGCAAUAUGGAAACAAGUUUAAGCAAGGAGAUGUUGCUCAUGGAGAGUCAACGCCUGCCGAGGAUCGGCCAGCAAGCCUCUUGGAUAGCAACGGUAAUUGGUUCAGUACUGGUAAACCUACUUUUUAUAAUCGCAACAAGGACCAGGUCGUCAAUGCAAGACUUCACGCUGCAGGCGACGGAAAGACGGACGACACAGUCGCUCUUCAGUCCUUGUUCCAAUAUGCCGCGGAGAACAACCUUUUGCUGUACAUCCCAGCCGGUGUUUAUAUCAUCUCGAGCCCCCUACUUAUUCCGUCCAACACACGCAUCCGAGGCGAGGUCUGGUCUCAGCUUAUGGCUGUCGGUGACAAAUUUGCCGAUGCUCAGCGCCCAAAGGCCAUGAUCACAGUCGGCCAAGGAGAAAAGAAUGGCCUAGUGCAGCUGGAAAAUCUCUUGUUUACAUCUAGGGGCUCGCUGCCAGGCCUAGCCUUGCUGCAAUGGAAUCUCCAAUCAACCAAGCAGGGCGAUGUUGGCUUGUGGGAUUGUCAUUUUCGAGUGGGCGGCGCGACUGGUACCGAUUUACGCAAGGCGGAUUGUCCCAAGCUCUCCGGCAGCGUAAAUAGUAAAUGUAUCGCAGGCGCCAUGAUGCUUGUGAAAACGAACAAGGGUAGCGGAUAUUUUGAAAAUAUGUGGGCGUGGGUAGCGGAUCACGAUCUCGACGAUCCUGCGGGCGAUGACUCGAACCAGAUUAACGUUUACUUUGCCCGAGGGAUCCUCAUUUUUGGCGAUGGGCCGACCUGGUGGCGCGGUACCGCAUCCGAGCACAGCGUCAUGUACCAGUACAAUAUUGUCAGCGCCUCCAACGUGUAUAUGAGUAUUAUCCAGACAGAAUCGCCCUACUACCAAGGAACCUCUUUCUUGCAAGCACCAGCUCCAUUCAAACCGGGCAAUUGGAUCGGAGAGCCUUCUUUUGAUCAAUGCGGCAGUGCCACGACCAAUUGCAAUGUCGCUUGGGCUCUCAUUGUUCAGCAUUCCAACGGCAUCUACAUUGAUGGCACUGGUCUGUACUCGUGGUUUCAGAACUACAACCAGGACUGUGUUGGAAACAAGACUUGCCAACAACGCCUUGUGAAUAUUUACAACUCUGCCAAUGUCUUUAUUUCGCAUCUCAUCACUAUUGGCUCUGUCGAGGUGGUGACGCCGGCCUUUAGCAACGACUAUAACCGCAUCAUCUAUGUCGACGACACGCUCGAAGCUACUGUGUACCCCUGGUGGACUGCCAUUGCUAGCUACCUUGACAGUAGCGCCAAGAUCAAUAUUACGGGUCACGAUUAUCCCAUCAAAAAGGGGUGGGUGGCGUUUGGCGAUUCCUAUGCUGCAGGUAUUGGCGCUGGCACGCCACUAGACACUGAUGCAAACUGCUAUCGCGGAAGAGGAAGCUACACGGCCAUUUUGGACAACAUCAUUCAGACAUCACAUCAGGCGUCCAUCGUGUGGCAGUCGCGCUCGUGUAGUGGAGAGACUGCUGAGCAAUUCAUCAAAGGAGAGGGUGCUAAGCAACUUGAGCAGUGGCAGCCCAGUUUCUCGGACAUUGCCACAGUCUCGUUUACCGGCAAUGAUUUUGGAUUCGGAGACAUUGUCAGCCACUGUCUCAUGGGGUACCCUAGAGGAUCGCAAAAUCAACAAUGCGAGGAGGACCUUGCGGCCACCCGCAGGAAGCUGGACACUGAACACAAGGUGCAAGACCUUGUCUACAACGUCCUCGAUGAAAUCUACAAGAAGAAGAGCGGUCACGGUCGGCUCAUGGUCUACUGGACCGGCUAUCCACAGUUUUUUGACGCCACUGACAAAACAUGCGACAGCGCGUACUUUUCCAAUUACCUCAUCUGGGCUGGCCGAUACCUGGACGCAAAGCUGCGUCUCAAGCUCAACGAGUUCUCUGUAGAGCUGAAUCAGCAGGUGAAAUUCGCCAUUCGACGUUACAAUCAAUUCGAGCCCUCUCCAAAGGCCAAAUUCAUCGACAUUGACGCCGAUAGCGGCAUUUACACGGGGCACCGCUUCUGUGAGCCCGGCGUAAAAGAGACGCUCAAUACAGAGCAAGGUCAGAAUACGGUCGCCUUUUUCUACCCCGAUGGCUGGGACGACAUUCCCAGUGCGGAUGAGCACUUUUAUAUGCCGCCCAAGAAGGAAAGCCAGGCGCCAGACAAGUGGUCCGUUUCCGUGCAGAGCUCGACCUGCAACGACACGCAAGACAACAACGAGCCCCUCAGGCCAUUGCUCUGCUCCGCGGCAAAGGCAGUUGCCAAUGGCACCCUGACCACCAGCGACAUUGAUCAUGCGGCAGGUGAGGGCGGCAGCUCGGCAGUCAAGAACUCGGACGGAUCCGUGACCAUUACUGACUUCUCCGUCGCCUACUUGAAGAUGUUUCAUCCCAAGACGCGCGCUAAUUGGCGCAUUGCGCAGGCUGUCCACGACGUUAUGAUUCUUCACCUUAAUUGA